UUCACCGAAGUGACUUCUCUUUCGGCUAAAAUUUGAGGACUCAGAAAUCUGUGGUCCCCAAUUAUAAUUCGCUGCUUCCAAAUUAAUUAUCCUUAAUACUUCGAGUUCUUCAAAGAUCAAACCUUUACUUCUAUGAUUCUAUCUCUUCCUCCGGAAUAAACCACAGAUUAUUCCUUUCUUUUUCCACAAAUUUCUGGGUUUGCUGCGAUUUUUAAUUUUAAAGGAGUCCGACUACUUUAUUAAACAUUAAAUUAAAAGAUAAUCUUUUGCUGUAAUGGCUAUGCAUGAUGAUAAUGAUGAACUUGAAUGGAUGAAAAGCAUAAAAUCUGAAGGUGCUGUUCCUUUACUCGAACCUGAAAACUGUCCCAAUGGUUGGGCUUCUCCUCCCGGAGACAUAUUUAAAGUUAGGGGUCCAGAAUACUUUACAACUAAAGUGAAAGUUCCCGCUGGUGAAUAUCUCUUGAAGCCUUUGGGAUUUGAUUGGAUUAAAUGUAAUUCAAAGAUUUCUGAAGUCUUAAAAGAUCCCAAUAACCGCAUCAGGAAAGUACUUGACAAAAAAUUUCCAGAGGGAAACCGGCCUUUUGUUUGGGCUUUUAAUCUUCAAGUUCCAAGUAAAGAAAAUUACAGCGCUGUGGCAUAUUUUGUAGCUAAUGAACCGUGCCUAGAAGGUUCUCUGAUAGACCAAUUCAUCAAGGGGGAUGACCGGCUUAGAAAUUCAAGGCUUAAAUUGAUUGCAAAUAUCGUAAAAGGGCCUUGGUUUGUGAAGAAAGCGGUAGGAGAACAGGCCAUUUGCGUAAUUGGACGAGCUCUUUCCUGUAAGUAUUGUGUAGGAGAGAACUUCUUAGAAGUGGACAUUGAUAUUGGAUCUUCAGUGGUUGCUAAUGCUAUCGUUCAUCUUGCCUUUGGUUACAUAACAUCACUAACUGUUGAUUUAGCAUUUCUUAUUGAAAGUCAAACGGAAUCAGAACUUCCUGAGAGAAUUCUAGGGGCUUUUAGAUUCUCUGAACUUAAUCCUGAUUCAGCCCAUUUAUUUGAAGCAACAUCUGGUGCUACUUCACCAGCACCUCUUGGUACGAGUUUCUGGAAGUCACUUGGACAAGGCUUUUCCAAUCUUCUUCAUCCAGGCGCUAAUGAAGCUGGUGCAGUUUCUGACACUCCACAAGUGAAUGGAACUUCAGAUCAGAAUGACAAUGAUGAAAACACAAAAAAAUCAUAAUCUGGCAGUUUUGGGGACUGCAAGCGCAUUCCAUCCAAUAAUCAGAACAGUGACGGGACGAGUUAUUUCAUAUUUGAUUUUACGUUGUCAUUUUCAGUAUCUGACAUGUGAGGGCUACUUGUGUCUUUGUUCAUGCUGAUGAGGUAGUACUGAUUAUUUUUCAUGCUUCAGUCACUUCCGGCACGUCAGAAUAUUUCAUUCAUUUAGUUAGUGUAGGAUACUGUAGCUACAAACCUUUAAUUGCUCAUUUUUAUGUACAGGUAAAUAUAAAAUUUGUCCAUACAAACACUGCUUAUUACUUGAUUUCUUGUAUUUUAGAUUGUCUUCCCGAUUGUUUUGAUCCGUUUACUGAGUGAAGGCUCACAUGA